AUGUCGACGGCGACCGACGGGGGCCUGCCGACGCCGCAGCUGGUGGCGCCACCACGGGCAGCGGCGCGAACUGCCGGCCUCUGCGAAAAGCAGCCCGGCCCGCGGCUCUGGUGCAUGGUGCGCGUCCCGGCUCCGACGGACGGGUGCACGGGGCCGCGGCCGACCGGUGCCAGCCUGCGCAACGCCACGUCGCUGCACUCCUCCGUCUCCACGUCGGCGAUGCCGGCCAACUCCGCCAGUGGCGGCGGCAGCAGCAGCGGCGGCGGCGCAGGGCUGCACCACUCGGAGGCGGCUCGUCUCCUGCCGGCGGGGCCCGUGGCCAAGGACGUGCCCUCCGAGGACGGCGACUCCGCGCAGCCGCCCACUUACACCUUCACGAGGCUUGCCAUCCGUUCCAAUUAUAUGGACAAGAGCAUCGAGGCCAAGAAGAAGGUGAUCCGGAUGCUGUUCGUCGUAGUGGCGGAGUUCUUCAUUUGCUGGGCGCCACUGCACGUGCUCAACACUUGGUACCUGUUCAGCCCAGACGCAGUCUAUAUGAAUGUGGGCCGCACGGGCGUGGCGCUCGUGCACCUGCUCGCCUACAUCAGCUCCUGCUGCAACCCCAUCACGUACUGCUUCAUGAACCGCAAGUUCCGCGCUGCGUUCCUCGGCGUCUUCGGGUGCCGCAGUCAUAAACCGGAAUGGUACCGGCACCGCCUCCGCCUACCGCCGUCGUCUGGUUGCAGGAGCAGCGCGUGCUGCCGCGGCGGGGUGCGCGCCGGCCACGUGUGCGCGCUGCAGAGGCCCGCGCUCGCCGCCAACUCGGACGCCUCGGGCAACGACUCCACGCAGUGCCCGCUGCGGGCCAGCAUCGCUGCCCGAUCAGCUGGUGAGACGAUUAUUGUGAUUGCAGAAGUGCUGACGCUAGAGGCGGAGGAUCGUGUUUAG